GAAAAAGAGGAUAAUCUGAGUGAGCUUCAGCAUUCAAAAGUUUCUAUCUGGAAGUUGGUGGUUUGCAAAGUGAUUGUGCGGAUUUGCUACUGCGCGCGAUCAUGGCGUCCGACGAGGAAACGUCCCAACAAAAUCAAACAAGAUUUGAGAAAUACUGCGAACAACUGAAUAUAAACCCUAAUUUGGUUAUGCUCAAGGUUACCUUGUUCAUGAUGUAUGGAGCUACUGCGUCGCUUCUGCCAUUCUUGACCAUUCACAUGCAGAGUAUUGGACUGACCGUAGAGGAGAUUGCAGUUGUCUACCUGGCUCUUCCACUGACUACUUUUCUCAGUCCUCCUGUAACAGGUUUUCUUGUGGACAAAUUUGGACAUUACAAACCGGUGGUAAUUUUUUCGCUGGUGCUCAAUCUAAUAUUCCAUCAUUCUUUGACAUUGAUUCCUCAAAUGGAAAUCCCGGGAGAGAUGCCCGCUGCUUAUGUUUUGAGGCAUCCAACAACAGGAAUGGUCGAGGUUUGGUGGAGCCCUUGCCCGAGCAGGGAAUGCCCCGAGGAAGAAGAGCUAAACAUGGUGCUGGAUGACUGCGUCGACCACUGCUUGCUGCAGCCCAAGAAAACAUACAAAAGUAAAUCUCUCAUCAGCAGCUUUCCUCAUCACCAGAGUAUAGCUGUUCCACCCUACAGGAAUUACCGAGUUGACUGUGAAAAGCAAUUGAAUGAGAUGAGAAUUGAAAUUGAAGCUGAAAAUCAUCAUGAUUUACAUUUCCAUACAAUAAAUGACAAUAAGAAGAAGAAGAAUGGAACAACAAAAACUCCAGGUAAAAAGAAAUUAGCUUUUGGGUUUGGAAACAGUACAGCAGUCAAACAGAACGUCACUGUGCAGCCAGACGGAGAAGAAGAACCUCCAGCAUUUUUCUUGCUUGAUAUGCAUCCAGAUUUGAUGGAACCUCCGGAACAUCUAGGACUGGAAGUGGAGAUGGACGAUAAUGAAACAGUCACAGAUUUCCGGCAACAUUUCAGUAAAGACUUGUUGAUCCUUUCUGGAGUAAACUACACGGCUCUGGAAGAGUCAGAUCUGAGGUGUGGUGGUCUGGUUCUAGCUACCAACCUAACAAUGAGCACUCUUCAAGAGAUGGCUGCCGACUGUAUGUUACAAAAAUGCAAUUUUAGAGAUGGUGGACCAGAAAUCUGCCCUCCCGACUACAAAGAAUCUGAUGACAGAGUGUUUUGGAUCUACUUUGCUCUUCGAUUUGUGGCGACAAUUAUGCUAUCAGCCAGUGUAACUGUGAUGGACCCGAUUGCACUGACUAUGAUUCACAAGUAUGGAGGAGAGUUCGGCAGAGAGCGGCUGUUCUCCACCAUCGGCAUGGCCAUCUUCUCCCCACUCACCGGCUAUCUUAUCGACUACAGGAGCAAAAAGCUUGGGUACUCGGACUACACAGUGGCGUUUUAUGCGUAUGACGCUCUCCUAGCUUUGUCAGCCAUAUCAAUAUUAAUGAUGCCUCUCAGCACUAAAGUUCCCGCUGAUAAUAUCAUGCGUGAUAUGUUGCGCCUCUUGAAGCUUCCUCAUGUUAUUCUAUUCAUAUUUUUCCUAUUUGUAUUGGGAAAUUGCUGGGGUUUCAUAGAAUCUUACUUGUUUCUUUAUCUAAAAGAGUUGGGCGCUCCAAAUUCUUUACUUGGAAUAACUGUUUCAGUGGGUACACUUAGUAGUAUCCCCUUUUUAUAUGGCGCAGAAAAACUCACUCACAAAAUUGGACAUGUCAAUCUAAUAGUAAUAGCAUUCUUCUCACAUGCCGCACGAUUAAUGGGAUAUUCAUUUAUAGAAAAUGCUUGGUGGUGUUUUCCAUUCGAAGCUAUCGAAUCAUUGUCGGUGCACCUGAUGUGGGUUGCGGCAGCCACUUAUUGUGCGAUAAUUGCUCCAAAGAACUUACUGGCAACUCUCAUCGGUGUAUUGGGAAUGGCCCACUUCAGCUUAGGUCGCGGAGUGGGCAGCUUCGGUGGAGGAUUGCUGAUCGGCACAAUUGGAACGAGACAGGCGUUCCGCGCCAUGGGCCUGUUGGCCAUCGUCAGUGGCGGCCUCUACGGUUUCAUACACUUCUUCUGGCUUCAUAAAUACGAUCAGUCCUAUUACAAGAAGAAAGUCAAUGUCAAAGAUGCAGAGAAAUCGGAGAAAGAAAAACUGAACGUGGAAGACGGUCUGCCCGAUAAGGACUCGAUGUCACAUGACGAGAUGUUGAGCGCUGAGCGACUGAGUCUGAUGAUCCGGUUCAACCACCGCGGGUCGCUGACGUCACUGGACCAAGGCUCGCGACCCGAGCUGAGUCGUGGCAGUCGCCGCAACAGCUCCUACACCGACAACAAGGCCAGCAGCGGAUCCAAGAUGGACCUACUCAAGUCCACGCUCGAAGUCAACCUAAACAGGAGCUCCAAUCCGCACCUCAAUCUCACCAAAACCUCGCUACCUCAGCUCAACAGGUCUACUACAAUCACUGUUAAGGGCAACACUGAAACUACCCCCGGAACUCCUCAAUCAAACAGAAAAAGCCAGAAGAAUCUUGUCAAUCCACCUUCUCUUUCGACAGUGGCUGAUGAUGAAUUUCGGAGCAACAGUGGCUCUAUUUUUGAAGAGGAAGAGAAAGAACAUCAUGAUGAAGCAGUGAAGAAAUUGAAACAAGUUGAAGAGUAUCUGAGAAAUUGUGAAAAUAUGAAAGUUAACAACGAUAGUGAUGUGAAGUAAUAAUAUUGAAGUACAAAGAGUAUUAUUCUAUAGAUUAAAGCUUAAACCAGAUAGAAUUGAUUGAGCCUAUUUUACUAGCUUGAUUAAUCUGACGACCAUUAGCAGGCUAAAUAAAAAAUAUUUUCUAUUGUUGAAA